CGCUCCUCGACACCAUCCCAAGCGACAACGUAGCUGCCAGGGCACAGCGUUUUCUUCUUUUCAUUCCCUCAACAGACAUUGCUGCAUCUUUGCAACAUCGCCCAUUCCUACUCUGCAACGCAGUCUGACAGCUCGAGCGAGGAGACCCUCAACAGGAUGGCCCUGCCUACCAUGGACCUCGCACCGAUCUUGGACAAUCCCAAUGUCCUGCAACUCGAAACGACUCUGAUCUUGUACGGAGUCAUGGCGGGCGCCGUUGGUUGGGAUCUAGCAUACUACAUCCCACACGACAUCAAGCUACUCGCUUCGCGCGGAUGGGCAUCUCCUGUCCGCGCGGUCUCCCGCACUGCGUACCUUGUCGCCCGAUAUCUCGCUUUUGCAGCUCUUGUCAUCUCUUUGAGAUUUUGGGGCUACCCUUCCUCUAGCGACGACUUUUGUCGAAAGAUACCCAUCCUUAUCGAAGCUCUCCUGUGCGCUUCGUAUGUAUCCACCAUCACCGUCCUGGCCUUCCGUACCCUCGCGCUCUAUCCUGGACACCGUCGCGUGGAUUGGGUAGUGACGAUCGCCAUCGUGCUUGGAUGGCUGCUUUGCUUCUCGUGGGCUUUCGCAGUCCCAUUUUACGUUUCAGGUCAACGAAUGGCAGCCGUAUCGUCUCGCUGUCAACUCCACCAAAAGUCAGACGAUACCGUCUUGCGAGGCUUCAUGGCCUCGCUACUGGCUUUCGAUGCCAUCAUCCUUCUGCUCACCUUGUACAAGGUUUAUAGAAGUGGUAGCUACCGAUUCUUCAACUCCAACACGGUCCUUGGCACUAUUCUUGGCAAGAAGAACAGGAACCUGCACGACGAGGACCCCAUGAAGCUCGCUGCCACCAAGGUUGCCGCAGACCUCAUUGGGCAAGGCUUGUACGACUUUAUCAUCCUCUUCUUGGUUGGUGUUGCUGCCCUAGUCAUCUGGUGCACCACGUCUCUGCCUCGAAUUUACAGAUCGCUUGGUGUCAUUGGCCUCGCAGCGGUCUCUGCCGCCCUCGCCGGUGGUGUCUUUCGGGAGACAGCACGUGCGGCAACAGCCUUGCAUGCGUUCAGGGACUUUGAGCUCAAGUUGCAAGCCAUGCAACAAUUGGCAGAGACGCAACACAAGGAGCUGGAAGCGCUAUUCUAUGCUCGUCGUUACCGUGAUGACGACGAGGACUAUGAUGCGCAAUCCAAAUUCACCGCCGAUCACUCGAACAACUACCAUCGAGAAGCAACUACACCAGUCCCAUUAUCCGCUCACGAGAGUGACAGAAUCACCGUCAGCCGACAACCUUCUUACACUGGCGAGUUUCGGACCCCCACAGAAAAGGGCUGGACGGGUCCGCACACAGACGAUGGCUACACCAGCGAGCCUCUGUCGCGCAAUAUGGUGCAUGGAGCCCAGCCUCUCAGUCCCACCGCUCCUCGUCCUCAGGAGGAGGCAUCGCCCAUUGAAGAGCUCGAGUACUCUCGCAGAGACUCGACCGAUCUGCACUCCGCAGCGCAUCUCAAUGCGCGCACCGCAGACCAGGACGAUUCGGACUCUGAGGCCACGUUUGGCAAGGGCCUAGAGACUCGCAGCGAUUCCGACUUCCGUCGCUAUAUGAGACAGAAUGCUCCACCCUCUACACAUCAGACGCGCAGUUUGAGAAGAGCCAAGAGGGGUCGCACAGUUUAUGGUGCCGACGAGCGCUUCCCAGACUUUGCUACCAGCCUGGCCAGAUCCACGGCCAUUGCCGUUGCAACCAACUCGCGCACGCAGCAGCUGGGCUUCAGCGCGGCCGCGGACGGGUCCAGGUCAGGCUCCGCUUCGGGCUCUGCUUACAAUGCUGGUGCUUCGGCCAGCAGCAGUAGGAACAAUUUGCCUCUUGGCAUGUCCCUGGCUGCUUUUGAUGCUCCUUCAGAGGAAGGGUCAGAGGGGACGCACACGUCCUUUCCCCUUCCUCCAGAGCGCAGAGAUACUCUUGCCGGAGUAACCAUACUUGGAGGAGGCGUAGAGACGAACUGGUCCAGACCCACAACUCUGUACUCUGCUCCGAGCUCUCUUCCUACCGCUCAUGGAGGCGGCGCUGGUCUACCGCAUCCUCCGCCCACAUACUCUUCUAGGACCGCUCUCAAUACGCCCGGCAAUGAAGCGUACGAGAUGGGCAGCAGAGACGCAGCUGGCCUAAGCUCCUCUUUGCCGCCUCCUCGAAGACCUAGCAGGAAACCCGUUGGUAAUCGCGAAUACGGCGCUUAGCGCCAACUCUCCCUUGAUUUGCCUUGCCUUGCCUUGCUAUGCUUGCUGUACAAUGCAAUGCAAGCCCCACCUUUAUACCUCACACUCUCUUCCACUCUCAAUUUUGCUCCGUCUUUGCUACACUCU